ACCCUACUCAACGCUCUACAGGUACUCCGUCGAAUUUAUGUUGCUAUUAUCCUGGUUACCUCAUGUUAUGCAUUUUAUGAAAAAAAUACCUUUAUCGGUUAUUCCAUCCGAAGUCGUUUCCUUUCCCCGGAUUAAUGUUCGUUGAUCAUGUCGUUCAGUUCCCAUUUCCAGUUAUGAAGCAGCAUGAGGGGAUUCUAAGAAAUAUGCCUAGUGAUGGGGACUCCGAAGGGUGAUACACCUUGCUGCAUGGUGUGCUUGCAGUCGCAUGGAGCAGCAUCAUCAUGUCCCCCGGCAUGCCCAUCGUUGUCCUGCGCAGUUGGGAGAGCUCAUGGCUCACGGAGUCUCAACAGAGAUUCGUUCGGCUGGCUGUGGAAUACUAAUGCCGGGAAAUUUAUAAUUGCCCUUGCACUCGGAGUCGCGUUCUACUCUGUUUGUGGUUGUCCAGGUAUCUCGUCGGCGUUCGGAGGGAGCAGGAAAAACCGAAGAUCGGGAAGCCGCAGAUCCGUGAACAGACGGAGAGGUCAUGGCGUCAAGAAAAAGCGUGGGACUGAUGCGGACUGUGAAAAUCCGAUCUCCAUCGACAUCUGUGCCGAUGAUGUUAAUCCUGGUGGGGCGCCGGGCGUCAGUUCUGGCGCCGGUAAAAAGGCUCAGUUGACUGGGAUGGUCAGCAUUUCGGGUCUUACUGGCACAAUACCUGCUCACAAGGAAACCCUCUACGAUGAAUACUCCGAUGCUCGCAGUAUGGACGCCUCGCGCGACCAGCAACUCAGUAGUGAGGAAUCGGAGGACGAUGACGACGAUAUUGUUGUGAAGCAUCCUGCUCCUCACCGUGGCCCUGCCCUGCGAUCAGAUGAAACUGAGGGAUCGAAAUCUACUCCGGGAUUCAACAAGAAAUCCCCUUUUCGAACGCGAUCUCUUGAUGCCCUCGCAGUCGGAAGAAGACCCUCGGAUAAUACUGAUGACACUGAAGCUCUCACAGCUGCUCAGCUAUCAUUAUUGGAUAUGUUGAACGAACAAGGUCGCGUGGUAUGUCAUUUUGAAGCUCAUCCGUACAAGGGAGAAGGGCCUGUGAAGUACAAAUUCACUUGCGAAGCUCCUGAUUUUCCAACUCUCGUCGGUGAAGACGGAAAUACUAAUCCAGGAAGUCUUCAACCUUCGGGACCUGCCGGGGGUUCAAAUCCGGCUGCGACUCAACCAGGAUUUCCGAAUAAUGGCACGACUGCGGAACCCUUGAAUACUGGCAUACCCGCAGGCAUUGAUUCCUCCACAGGACUGCCGAACGGCGUCCAACCUGCUGGUGGCUUAGAUCCUAGUAAUGGUCAGCCUCAUGUAUCCAUCGACCCUGGAACUGGUUUGCCUAUGACUUUUCCAUCAGGCAAAGGUUCAAAAUUACCGAACCUACCAUCUACGUUUAGAAUGGAACUAACCACCGGCCCGCCGAAAGUCCCAGAGAUUCGAGAUGCCUUUGGCAGAGUUAUCGACCCAGUUACAGGACGUCCAAUAGGAACAAAGCCUGGAGACAUUGACCCAAUGACUGGACACCCGUAUGGUGCCAUAGAUCCAACAACAGGCUUGCCGUAUGGAGUGAAACCUGGUGAUAUAGAUCCAAGAACUGGAAACCCUUAUGUGCCAAUAGACCCUGCUACAGGAUUGCCAAUGGGUGUUAAGCCUGGUGAUAUUGAUCCAAGAACUGGAAAGCCAUUUUUACCGAUUGAUCCAAAAACUGGUUUACCCAUGUCUCCUGGAGGCAUUGACCCUACAACAGGACUCCCAUAUGGUGCGAAACCUGGUGACAUUGAUCCCAGAACUGGGAGACCAUAUGUGCCAAUUGAUCCUGCAACCGGACUACCCUUUGGAGUUAAACCGGGUGAUAUCGAUCCAACUACAGGAAGGCCCUAUGUGCCCAUAGAUCCAAAAACUGGUUUACCAAUGUCCCCUGCUGGUGCAAUUGACCCCACUACAGGAUUGCCGUAUGGUGUGAAACCGGGUGACAUUGAUCCCAGGACUGGGAGGCCAUAUGUGCCAAUUGACCCUGCUACAGGACUACCUUAUGGAAGGCCCUAUGUACCCAUAGAUCCUAAAACGGGGUUACCUAUGUCUCCUGGAGGCAUUGACCCUACGACAGGACUGCCUUAUGGUGUGAAACCGGGUGACAUUGAUCCCAGGACUGGGAGGCCGUAUGUGCCAAUUGACCCUGCAACCGGACUACCGUUUGGUGUCAAACCUGGUGAUAUUGAUCCAACGACAGGAAGGCCCUAUGUGCCCAUAGAUCCAAGAACUGGUUUACCAAUGUCCCCUGCUGGUGCAAUAAACCCCACGACAGGAUUGCCGUAUGGUGUCAAACCAGGUGACAUAGAUCCCAGAACUGGAAGACCGUAUGUUCCUGUCGAUUCUGGAACUGGGAUGCCAGUAGAUGAGUUUGAACCUAAGAAGCCGUGUCAUCCCUUGUUUCCUUCUGCGGAUGCUGAUAAACCCUGUGCUUCUGACAGAGGCAGUGUAAUUUAUAAUCCUGCCACUGGGGAACUUCAUUUCGAUAUUGGGCAAAUGCUAUGGGAAGAAGCUCAGCAAGAUCCUGACCGAUACCCACGAUAUCCAGCAAGUAGAGCAGAGAGGGCUGCUUGGGAUGGGGGUUCUUAUGGCCUUCCACAGGAUGGGAUUCCUUUUCGGGAUCCACGGGCUGCAUCAGGUAUUCGUGAUCCCUCGAGUGGCAGAAAUGAGCUAGAACCGCAAGGACCUGCGAGGGUUUCGCCAAUCAACAAGGUACCCCUGGGGGACCCGACAGGGGUGGACCUGGUAGCGGCUAUCCUGGGCCCAAUGCAGGAUUUCCCCACGACCCAAAUCAACGUUUUGAUCAACCUUUUCAACCAAGUGGGUUUGGACAACCUGCUACUGGUCCUCAAAAUGGUUUUGGACCUCCUGCUGGUCUGCAGAAUGGUUUUGGACAACCCAGUCAGCCGACUGGCGUGGGACAACCCUAUCGACCAAGUGGGUUUGGGCCACAAUCUGGUCCACCAAAUGGGUUUGGGCCACAAUCUGGUCCACCAAAUGGGUUUGGGCCACAAUCUGGUCCACCAAAUGGGUUUGGGCCACAAUCGGGUCAACCGAAUGGGUUUGGGCCCCAUACUGGUCAACCAAAUGGGUUUGGGCCACAAUCUGGUCAACCAAGUGGGUUUGGGCCACAAUCUGGUCAACCAAGUGGGUUUGGGCCACAAUCUAGUCGACCGAGUGGGUUUGGACGUCCCGACCAAUUUGGCAGUCCUAGUCAGCCAAUUAGUCAAUUUGGUCAACCAACUAGCAGUCAGCCUGCUAUAUCCGAUUCUUCUGGACGGCCUCAAACCUUCAAAAUAUCUCGGACCACCUGGAGAAAAAGAGCGGGUCAAUUUUGCGUACGAUGACGGUGUGUUGGGGGAUCCAAGGGAUGGCCAGUUCCCAACGAAGAGGAAACGUCGGACUCGUGGUCAAGACGGUUCAUCGGAAAGAGAGGGCCCCGCGGACACCAGAAAGCACCCAUCUGGUCGAGAUCAGAUGACUGGUAUGAGUCCAUUUGAUGGCGAACGUGGUUCUGAAAAAGGACCUUUUGAUGAACGCGAUGCUGGAAUGAGACCUUCAGAUGGCGGACGUGAAGUCGGUACUAGGCCUUUUGAUGGCCAACAAGAGGGUGAUCAGCCUGGUGGUGGUCCAGGUGAUCGGACCGCUGACAACGAACAAGUUCCGGGAUCAAGUAAUGCUCCCAAAUCUGAAGCUAGCAAAACUGACAAAGGAACUGUCCCCGGUGGUGACGGUAAUGACGGAAGAAAGCGUAGUGAUCCUAGAGAUUCCGUCGACACCGGCUACAAACACGGGACUCCACAUGUCAGCAGAGGAACGAGUCCCAUUUAUGACCCCACUGCCUCAAAAGAUCGAGGCAUAGAUGCAGAUGUCGGCAGAAGGGAAACGGAUCCAUGGGGUCCAGGAGCAGAAGGAGCUGCUGCCAACGGAGAAGGAAGGUCCAGAGGGAGAAAAUCUGGAGAUUCUGGCUUUGACGAAGACGGGAAAGCUGAUGGUGCUCAAGGAAAAGGCGGAAGUCAGGCAGGAGGCGGACCUUCGGUAGAAGGCGGUAGUCAGGCAGGAGGCGGACCUUCGGUAGAAGGCGGUAGUCAGGCAGGAGGCGGACCUUCGGUAGAAGGCGGUAGUCAGGCAGGAGGCGGACGUUCGGUUGAAGGCGGUAGUCAGGCAGGAGGCGGAACUCAGGUAGACGGUGGAAGUCAAGUAGACGGUGAAGGUCAAGUUGAAGGUGGAAGUCAAGUAGAAGGUGGAAGUCAGACCGAAGACCGUGCGGAAGAUAUGGCAUCGAUCAGAGAAAAUAUGUCAGUUUCCCCUACGGAUGGUAGAUCCGUAAGAACCACCUCUAGGAAGAGCCGGAAGCGUAAAUCAAAGCCAGCUAAAGACGAGCCUGUACAUGGUGGGGCUUACUACUUCAUCCGUCCCAAGAAACUUGGUGAUAUCAAGGAAGAGGAACGAAUUAAAAGAGAGAAGGAACUGAAAAAUGAAAAUGCUCUGCGGGAAAUUUUGAAGGCCCAGAAUUUUAAGAAAACGAAGAAACCGGACGGCGAAGAGUGGGUCAGUCAAGAUGGCACUAAAAGAGUCUUUUUCCAGACGAAAAGCCCUGAACCUGGGAGAAGCCCUGAAGGGGACAGAACCCCAGUGAGACAAUCCUUGCUUGACAGAGCCUCGAAGUUCCUUGGUCCUGCUUCUCGAAAGCGUAGCGCUGUGUCCAAAUCCAGAAAAGGAAGUUCCAGAAACUUGAGUUCUAUAAGGGGAACGAAGUCCAGGAAGUCUACCGAAGGUAUCAGGAUUCCCUUCAAGAUUCCUAGUCCAAGCAAGCUGUCUGUGGACGAUCUCGUCAAACCAGACAUACUGAACGUGGCUUCGAAUUCAUCCACGUAUGAUCAGGAGGAAAAUAUUGGACAAGAAGAAGAAGAAAAUUGUGACCCUGAAGUGGUUGAGCAGAUUGCCUAUCUGGAAGAACAUGAGGCAAGUUUCAUUUUAGAGAUAGGGGAGCCUGUGGAAGAAAGGGAUCGGGCAUCACAUCUGGAGCGUUUCAUGGAGCACAUGAGACACGAGGUCGACGUUCUUUUCAAAGCGGAACGGGCGAAAAACAGCCUUCACAGUGAGGUUGUGUCUGAUGUAUCCUCGAAUCAGAAAAAAGCGCCGCAGGACGCCGAAGAUGACGAGAAUGUGAUUUAUUCGCCGGUUCCAGUGACGCCUGCUCCUCUCCAAGCUUUUUACGCUACCAAUGCCGGAGUGUAUCCGAUAUUCACCGACUCUGGCAUAGCGAAUGGGCCUCAAGUUGUCAGUGCACCGAUGAGGAUCUUCAUGACUCCUGCUUUGUUGGCAACAACAGCUGAAGUACCUGCGUCUAAUUCAGCAAAUCGAGGAACUCGUUUUUCGUACCCUCAGCAAGAGGCUAAUUCUAAUGUGCAGAACUUCUCUGGAUUCAAUUGUUUUUCUGAUGAUUUCCACGAUAACGUACAGCAAGAGCUUUCCCCGGUGUCCGCUGACGAUCAGAUAGAAAAAGUUUGUAAUGGUGAACGUAACAGUUCCGGAUCAAAUCUCUUACCUGAGGAAAUUGAUGCAACCAUCGGCAGCGAAAUUAAGAAUCUGCUUGAUGGCUCAGAUAAAUUUUGUGUGCAGCUUUCUGCAGAUGGUGAACCGAAACGGCAGAAUGGACCUACUGUUCAUUUUAGAUUAGACCUUGAGGAUCCGGGCCUGCAGGAAGAAACUCGCUCUCUGCUAGAAACUCUGGAUGUUCUAAAGCGUGAAAGAAUGUCAGUCCAAAAUGCGGAAUUUCAACAAUCCGAAGGGGAUGAAUCUCUUCCGGAACCUGUCAGAGAUGAAGAGCCGAGUCCAUUGAAAACUUGUCGCAAGAAGCACAAGCAUAAGCGGCACAGUAAAUCUCUGAAAAGUCGGCAGCAGAAUACGAAAGCGAUUCUCUUAGAAUUGAUAGAAAACCCCAGGAUUCAAUCGGGUAGCAGUGGGUUGACAACCUGCCCGAUCAAGCCCCUAAGGAAUCUCAGAAGCAAAAGCGAGCCGCCAAUGAAGCUCCACCGCAAUAAAAAGCAUCAUCAUUGCUCCAGGCGCUCUAGAGUCGGACUAGAAGACCCCGUGUCUCUCAUUAAUCCCCGGGUGUCGCCUGUGGAAUUGUUGAACGUGGUGACUUCUGAGCAGAAGCGACAACCAGAACCCAUGAAGCCCACCAUCACCAGCAUCACAGAACCAUCCGAGAUGGUUAUUCGUUUAGAUAGCUCUGACCAAGGCGAAAGCACUGCGCAAGUGUUGCUCAAGGAAAUGAAGGAUCCUUUCUCCAACACUGAGUCCUUUCCCCCUGCUCUUCCGCCUGAUGAACGUUAUUCUCAUGUUACUCCAGCCCCUUCGAAGACCGAUUUAAUGGGCAAUCCCUCGUGGCAGAAAUUGGAAGAAAGAAUUGAUCAGAAAUAUUGUCCAAGUUGCCGAGUAAAUGGCGGUGGAAUACCAGCAUCUGCAACGGUUGUCAGAUCAAACGCAAAGCGGAUUUGCGAAACUUGUCACCGCUCCGUACGAAAUCGGCGCCAAUCGAAGCAUUGCAAAAAAUAUAAAGACGUUGAAAAUUGCCACUCGAGAACUUCACCGUGUCCAGACGUUCCAAACUGUGACGGAAACCCGAAUGAUGAUCGGAGAAAUGAAGAUCAAGCUAAAAUUGUUACCCCUCAUCCUUAAUUAAUUUUCUUUGUGCGAAGAUUAAAAUGGCAGAAAAACCGGUUGCGACAAAAUAUGAGAGGCAUUGUUUUUAAAAUUGUUUUUAUUCCGUGAAUUUUCAUGGAAAAAUAGAGGCGAAAGACAGCAAGAACCCGGAGUAAGUUGCUGAACUAUCAGUGAUGAAUUCGACGGUAGCUUCGUUACCGUAACUGUAAAAAAUUUCGUCCCUCGCGCCAUUGUUCCAUCUAGAAAGUCAAAAGAAUAUAUUCGCGUCAGUGUGUAAAUUUUAGUGGAUUAUACGAUUCAGUUUUUUACCCGCUGCAUUGAUUUUUUGUAUCGUGUUGACAAAUCUGAAAAACUAUAUCGAUUUAUAUGCGAAUAAAUCAUGCGACUUUCUGAAAGAUA